AUGCAACUGCUUAGAAGUACAAUUAUCUGGGUUUGGCUUUUCGCAGCUGGACCACAAUGGCUUAUUUCGUUGACCGCUGGCUUUCAGGUGCAAGUCCGUAUACCCGUGUGGGAUGUAGGAGGCAUCAUCUCCCGAUUUACUGGUCUCACCAAGGGACAUGGCAUCGAUCAGAAGAAGAAAGAUCGACCCAACCAUGAAGAGUAUUGGCCGCCCUCAUAUGGAUACUAUGAUCCACCACCCCCAAUUUAUCCUCCGCCGCCAUACUACCCAUAUCCUCCGUAUGUGCCACCAACCAAUCCGCCGUGGCCAACAACUGAACCCCCUACGAAUCCACCAACAAAGCUUCCAACUAAGGCACCUACUAAGUCACCAACUAAAGCACCAACUAAGCGACCAACUAAGCCAUCAACAAAGCCAACAACUAAGCCAACAACUAAGCCAUCAAAGAAGCCAACAACUAAGCCAACAACUAAGCCAUCAAAGAAGCCAACAACUAAGCCAACAACUAAGCCAUCAAAGAAGCCAACAACUAAGCCAACAACUAAGCCAUCAAAGAAGCCAACAACUAAGCCAACAACUAAGCCAUCAAAGAAGCCAACAACUAAGCCAUCAAAGAAGCCAACAACUAAGCCAACAACUAAGCCAUCAAAGAAGCCAACAACUAAGCCAUCAAAGAAGCCAUCAAAGAAGCCAACAACAAAGCCAACAACUAAGACAACCGAAUCUCCAACCGAUGGAACAACAGUUGUGACAACCGAGAUAACAACAGACUCAACAACUGUUGUAACAACGGACGCAACAACUGAGAAGCCAACUGAGGCAACAACUGAUGCACCAACUGAGGCAACAACGGAGGUAACAACUGAGGAACCAACUGAGGCACCAACUGAGGCAACAACUGAGGCAACAACUGAGGAUCCUACUGAGGCACCAACGGAUCCACCUUCCCGAGACCUCUGCUCAAUGUACCACUAUCUUCCAGAGUGUCAAAAAACUAAAUCAGUGCACCUGAAAAACAAUAAGUUAAGUAAUGUAGUACAUCCCGAAAAGAAACUCUCGAUUGAAACCAUGCCGCACUCGGUGACAUCGCUUUGUUUCUACUAUCCCCGUUUGUGUAUGAAGCCCGAAGAAGCUCAAUUCGUGAGAUUGUCGGACGAGAAUGGAAGGCCAUUGCUCCUAAUAUCCCCAGUAGAAGGAAAACAUUCGCAAACUUUAUCCCAGAAUAGACUGAACGGUAAAAAGAUUUCUUAG